AUGACGCCUUCCGCCAUCGAGGUUGACACGCCGAUUCGGUCCAAGGAAGAGCACAGACAGCCGCUGAAGCUGUCUGGAGCCCUGGACUCUUUCGAGUCUUUCGAUGUCACACCUAGCAUUGGUCGAGAGUUCCCAAAGGCCAGCCUCACAGACUGGCUGAAUGCGGAAAACUCCGACGAGCUGCUCAGAGAUCUCGCAAUCACUAUCUCGCAACGUGGGGUGGUUUUCUUCCGUGCCCAGGAUGAGCUCACCAAUGACCUCCAGAAGAAGCUGAUCCUGCGCCUCGGAGAACUAACUGGGAGGCCCAAGACCUCUGGGCUCCACAUUCAUCCGAUUCUCAACGACUCGCGGGAGCUUGGUGGCAACGACAAGGAGAUCUCCACCAUCAGCUCCGUUCAGCACAACAAGCUGUACAAACGGGACACGGCGGAUCAGCUCAGCGCCAAGAAGCAGAAUAGUGCCCAGUGGCACUCGGACAUAGCUUUCGAGCCUGUGCCAGCUGACUACACCUCACUGCGCCUGGUAGAACUUCCCGAGACAGGUGGGGAUACCCUCUGGGCUUCGGGUUAUGAGAUCUAUGAUCGGAUUAGCGAGCCAUACCAGAAAUUUCUCGAGGGCCUAACAGGGACAUUUGCUCAGCCAUUCUUUCAGGAGGUCGCCGACAGGGGCGGAUUCAAGCUCUACAGUGAGCCCCGUGGUGCGCCCGAGAACGUUGGACUGGACCUCAAGGCCAUCCAUCCAGUCGUUCGCACCAACCCCGUGACAGGGUGGAAAAGCAUCUUCCCAGUCGGCGGUCAUGUGCGUCAUAUCAAUGGCGUCACUCAGGAGGAGAGUGAUCAUCUCUUAAAGUGGUUCCUCGACUUAGUCUACAAGAAUCACGACCUGCAGGUCCGCUUGAAGUGGCAGAACAAGAAUGACAUUGGAGACCAUACCUUGACCCACAGAGCUCCUCCAGGCGGGUAG